AUCAACACAAAAUAUAUACAUAAAAUGCUGGUUUAAAAUGUAAUAUACUCCGCGUUGUAUUAAUAAAUGAAUAAAUAAACCGCAAUGAGUUUAAAUUUAGGUUCGGCAGCCAUGUUGUUACAUAUUAUAUAUAUUUCCAUUAAACUUUGGACUACCUCCAUGGCUGUAACUCUCGGUUGCUGCCUGUCAAUCAAACAAUCAGCGGGAACCGUUACACCGGUGAACCCCUAGCUAGCUUAGCUAGUUAACUAACGUCAGUUAGCUUACUUCCAAAACUUUAUAAAACAUAAAAAGGCGUACAGACACUGAAUAAUCUUUCAUCCGGUAUCAUUGUGUGUCCUUCCACCUCUGCAAUGGCCGCAUGUGUUCAGCAAGUCAGAACAUCACAGGAGACUCAGCUGCUGCCCAACCAGAUUCUCACCGAGCAGCAGUCCCUGGUCGUCAUGAAGAAGCUUCUGGCCAUCGCGGUGUCUGGCAUCACCUACCUGCGGGGCCUUUUCCCAGAGGACGCCUACGGCAGCAAAUAUGUUGCAGAUCAGAAAGUGAUGAUCCUCAAAGAGGAGCGCAGCUGUCCCGGUGCCAUUCAGAUUGUUGAAUGGAUGCAGGGAUGCUUUGAGGCCAUCCAGAAGAAGUAUCUGCGGACUGUCAUUAUGUCUAUUUACACGGACCCAGAGCACCCUGAGAAAGUGACUGAGUAUUACCAGUUUAAGAUCCAUUACACAGCAGAAGGAGCGCAGAUGGACUUUGAAAGCAAGAACGACAACCAGGUGUCGGCGAUGUCGUGCGGCAACACGAAGAAGGCCAGCAUCCUGCUGGUGAGGAAGCUGUACACUCUGAUGCAGAACCUCGGUCCUCUGCCCGACAACGUCUACCUCAACAUGAAGCUGGCUUACUACGACGACGUCACUCCUCAGGACUACCAGCCGCCCGGCUUCAAGGAGGCCGACGGCGACACCCUGGUGUUCGAGAAGGAGCCGGUGAAACUCACCAUGGGCGAGGUGGUCACUCCCUUCCACACGUUGAAGUUGGACAUGGCCACAGAGAGACGGAGGCUGGAGGAGGUGGAGGAGAGAGUUCAGGCGUCGGGGAAGUGGGUCCUGCAGAUGGAGGAGGAAGGCGUCCUGUCGCAGGCCCAUGUGAUUGAAGACGCGGAGAGGCCCGACAACGAGGACCUGGACCUGGACUGCUCUGAGCUCCAGAUGAGCUGUUACAAGAAGAGCGAGAGCUGCGAGAAAGCCGUAGAGAUGGACACCGAGGAGAAGAAGUCCCCCAUCGCAGAGGGCCUGAGGAGGACCCGGAGCGGACGGAUCAUCAGGUCCACCACGGAGACACAACUGAUGGUGAACACCAAGGCGUUGUCAGCUUUGAAGGACAAAAGUGUCUCUCAGUUCGAAAUCCCCGACAGCCAGGAGACGGCGUCCACCUCCGCGCCGGAGAAGCGCCGCAAAUUCAGCGAGCCCCGAGAACACUUCUGACCUCGCCGCUGAAGUAUUGAUUCACAUUACAUGUUUUAAAAAAACAAAAGUCUAUUUUUACUACACGCUCCCCACUUCUUUUUCAAUGUUUUGGGGGUUGCGAUGCGAGUUUGUUUGCAGUUCCCUCGAACGUAGUAACGAACAAAUGAUUUAUAUUCACGCGGUUGUUUCGGUUGAAUUUCAACGGUUUUUGUUUUGGGCACCAUGACUUCAUACUUUAAUAAAUAAACUAAACCGAUGUGA